AUGGGAAAUGAUGGCGGAUCUAUAGCUAAACGAAGUGAUUUAGCAAAAGACAAGAAAAGACCUCUUAAAAUCGACAAAGCAGCUCUUCGUGCAGCAAGAGCUCGCCUCUGCGCAUUAACUCAAGAACCUCUUGCACCUCCUAUCGUCGCAUGCAAAUUAGGAUUUUGAUUGGGUGAGGUUAAAUAAAGUGCACUAUGCUUUUUUCAAUCCUCCAAAACCUAUAAAAAUGACUGCAUUUUUCAAAAUUUUUUUUGGCAUGAAAAAAGUACAAACGGUGUUUUUUGAAUUUUUCCAAGUGAAAAACAGAAAACAGUGCUUUAGGACAGCAAAAAUAGAAGAAAAAAGUACAUAUAAAAUCUCUAUUCGAUCAAGACUAAGCAAGUUUAAGUAGAGAAAGCUCAUAAUUGAAUUUUAUAAUAAACAGUAUAUAUUGCAUACUAAAAAUAACAAAAACAAUGCCGUUUGCACUUUUUUCAUGCCAAAAAAAAUUUUUGAAAAUUAAGUCUUAUCUUAUCUUAUAGAAUUUAGAACGUUUAACGUCCACACUACGGGGUCACAACCCCAGGUACUAUCACUUCGCCUUCGUCGCAUCGGGCCCACAGGUCGCUGGGGAUGGCCCUGCUUCGAUCUCCAAAUGCUCGUUGGAAAAGUGUUCCGGCUUCGACGGCUCAUGGAUGAGCUACUUGCUUGAUACAUGGGUUGCUUUUCCGAAAAACCCAAAAAAUGGAUUUUUCUGGUCAGCUAUACAAAAAAGGAAAAGCACGUAGCUUGGGACGUAACGCCCAGUUUCAUGCUAGGGAGUUGCCCGAUUGGUCCUAACGGACUCUGCUGAGCUUCCCCUUUCCAACUCCGUGCCCUCCUUCCCCACGAGGAAAAAUCCACCCCUGAGAUUAGACUAGGACUAGGCUCUGAGCUCCACCAGAAUUGCCUAGUAUUGCCGUCCAUCUCUAGAAUGUUAAAACCUUGCCGGAUAUAAUUAAAUAUGAGUCGAGGCUGCAUGGCCGGGAGGCCAUGUCCAGACGAAGACGCCGUAUUUAAUUAUGAAAAUUAAAGUCAUUUUUAUAGGUUUUGGGAAGUUAAAAAGGAACAUAGUGUUUUAUUUAACCACCUAUUUUUAUUCAAUAAGCCAAAUCUUCUUAUUGCUCUAUCUCAAAAAUCCCUCCCAAAAUCUCUUCAGCACAUAUCAAAACUAAAAGAUAUAAAAGAUGCUAAUAUAGCCCAAGCUCCAGAUUCAGAUCGUUUUAUCUGUCCUAUCAGUGGUCUAGAACUUAAUGGGUCAAAUCGCUUCAUAAUUAACUGGAAUUGUGGCUGCGUCAUGUCUGAAGCAUCUUUAAAAGAAAUACCAAGCAAAAAUUGCUUAAUCCCCCCCCUCCGUGAGUGAACAAAAAAAUUUUUGUUCACUCACGGAGGGGGGUUAAUUUUUUUUUUUUUAAAAAAAUUUAUAUAUAAAUUUUAUAAAAAAUUUUUGUUUUCGAAAUUUUAAAAAAAUCCUAAUUCGCAAAAUUUUGAAAGCAAAUAUUAAUUUAAUUUAUAAAAAUUUAUGUUUUAAAAAGCAAUUCGUUUAAAAUUAAACAGAAUUAGCUCUAGAUUUCAUUAUACUAAUUAUCAUUUAUAUAUAAAAAUUUUUUCCAUAAAAAAAUUUUUCUAUUAAAAAAAAUUUUUGUUUACUCACGGAAGGUGGGUUUUUUGGGCAAAAAAUAGCGAUUUUUCUAAUGGUUUUGUUCACUCACGGAGGGGGGGGAGUUAGUAUGUGGAGAACCUAUUGCAGAAACUAUCAGCCUUAAUCAAUCCGAAGAAGAGCAACGAAGUAAAAGAAAGUCUCUCGUAAAAUCAAAAAAUAAUUCCAAAGAUGCCGGCCAGCCUAUUAAAAAGGCUAAAUUAGCAGAAGAAGACCCUAUUAUGACUGCACAUUUAAAGAAUAUGGAAAAUGAAGUCUAUAAAAGCUUAUUUGUGAACGAUAAUGUAGAUGAGACAUUUACUUGUAGACAUUUAAGAGCAGGGUUAAGAUAA